ACAGGGGUAAUAAACAAACUUCAGGGUGAGGCUGAAACCGGCAAGACAACCUUCUCGUAUAACACUACAGUCUUAGGUGGUCGGGUUGAAGGGAAUCAGAUACAUUUGCAUGUUGCCGAAACAAGAUCUCUUGAAUCAUGGAAUGGAGGGGAGUCUUUGUCACAGAUGCAGCAGCUCGAGCUUAUACCUAAUCUCGUUGUUAACUCUGCGGGUUUAGCUGCACAAGCUCUCACAAAGAGAUUCCAUGGCAUCAACCAUCGUGUCAUUCCUCCCUCCCAUUAUGCCCGUGGCUGCUACUUCAUGCUCUCGGGCUCCAGAGGUCCUCCUUUCGACCACCUUGUGUAUCCCAUUCCCGAGGAAGGUGGUCUCGGUGUCCAUUUCACGGUAGAUUUGACCGGACAGGUCAAGUUUGGACCUGAUGUAGAGUGGAUUGAUGGUGUAGACGAUAUAUCGAGCUUCCUUAACAGAUUUGAUUAUGUUGUAAAUCCGAAACGGGCAGAGAAAUUCUACCCAGAAAUCAGAAAGUACUAUCCCGAGCUCAAAGAUGAAUCGCUGGAGCCAGGUUAUUCGGGUAUCCGGCCGAAACUUUCCGGUCCAAAACAGCCUCCAGCAGAUUUUGUCAUACAGGGAGGGGAAAGUCAUGGGGUUCAUGGGCUUGUUAAUCUCUUUGGAAUCGAAUCACCGGGCUUCACUUCGAGCUUGGCUAUUGCAGAACAUAUAGCCACCAGAUUCUUGAAAUGAUUCUGCCUUCUACAACAUCAACUUAAAAACUCUGAAAACUUGUUGUCUGAAACGAUUUUUUUUUUUUGUGUGUGUGUUGCAUCAUAUGAUUGUGUCAGUCAAUGUACUACUACACUUUGUGAAAAUCUCAUCAAUGAUCAAAGGCAAGAAAGUUUGCGACA